AUGGGCUGUACGAACACAAAGGAAAAAAAAGAUGCUAAUUCUUGCGGUGGGAAAGAACAAGUUGCAGCGGGCGUUGAGGAGUUUGGCAAACUGGCCAAGGAGAAUCCUGUUGCCGCAAAGUUGAAGGAAGAGUGGUCCGCGUUUGUGUGUUCCUUGUCUCUUCCUACGCCUUUGGAGGCACCACGAGAGGUCUGGGCAAAUACGGUGGAUAAUCCUUUAACACACCGCACAGUGGAUAAGGUCGGAAAACUUUUUUUGUUGUACGUAAAAAACGACCUCACACUGCGUGAAUGGGGCGGCAAUUUUGACUAUACUGUUGUUGGGUUGGAAAACCAAGGCUUUCUGAAAGCCACCGCCAGCGUCGACGCCAGCAGUAGCACUGGAAGAUCGAAGGAGGCAAUGUGGGAGGUGAAAGUGCACUAUCACAGUACAGCAAAAACAUCAUGA